UGAAGCUGCAUGCCUAGAUUAGUUACCCAGCUGUAAGUGUCUGUAAAGUCAUUUAAUCGUAAAUAAUUUAACUGUAUAUGUUAUGGUAACUCAGAACCACAAUGAAAAUACUCUAAUGUCAGUGCCCGCGAAUGGUAUGAUACGUUAGAAAAGAUGGACGCCUUGGAGAGUGUUCUUGAUGAAGUUGCACUUGAGGGUUUGGAUGGGAUCAGUGUAAACGCGCUAUGGACGAGGCUGGAAAACAGAAUUCCCCAAUUUAGCCUCACCUUAGAUCCACCCACCAAGGAAUACCUGUGGAGGUGCCUGGUCUGCAACCCAGAGAUCAGUUUCUAUGAACUUCCUCAAGCCAGGAAACCGAUCGUGUUGACGGACCGGUUCGCAGAGAUUGAUCCGGAGACUGGCAUUCAAGAAAUACGGCGGCUAACUCUAGACGCAGACGACGCAGUAUAUCCUGUUCACAUCAUCCAAGACAACAAAGAUGGAAUUCAGGGCUCUUGCCUGUAUUUCAAGGAGCGGAAGGUCAUCACAAAGCAAAUACGGCAGGACAACUUCACUCCCAUCCUCACGCUUGAGCAAACGGUUUCAAAGUGGGGCGAGAAGCUGGUUGCCGUGGCAUCACAGGCCGUCCGGUACCGUACUCUGAUUGGUCCGGAGGGGGACCCCGAGCUGAAGCUCACGGACACGUCCUACUGCAUCCUGGAGCGGCUCGGAAGAGCGCGGUGGCAGGGGGAGCUGCAGAGAGACCUGCACUCCAACACGUUCAAGGUGGACGCGAGGAAGAUGCACUACCUGCGCCGCUCGCUGGACAGGAACAAGAUGAUCACCAUGCAGACGCACGUGAUCCGCAUGGCCAACGGGGGGCAGCAGUGCUCCAUCCUGCUGCUGCUCAACCGCUUCCACGUGGACAGGAGGGGCAAGUACGACAUCCUCAUGGAGUGCACUUCCAACAUCCUCUCCACCCAGCCCAACAAUAUUGGCAUCAUGCUCAAACUCCGACACCAACUGCAUGUGUCGGAGCGCACCUUCAAGCGUGUGUACCACUACAUGGUGGCGGCUAAGCUGGUGGAGGUCAUCAGCCUGCCGCUGCACCAGAUCACCCCCGGCGCCGGGCCACUCAAGUCCAAGAAGGGAAAUGACAUAAUGGUGCGUUGCCUCAAGCUCCUCAAGGCUUAUGGGAAGAAGAAGGAGGACGACGAUGAUGAAGACAACGACGAUGACGAUAACGACGGACGGAACUUUCUAGCUGAGGGGCGGGAUGUGGAGAGGGACGUGGCGUCUCAUGCUUACGAGAUUGUGGUGAAUGCCGGUACCAAAGGCAUCUCUCAGAGUGAGCUCCGGAAGCGUCUGAACAUCGGCAAGCUGGAGGCUCGCAUGAUCUGCAGACUGCUGGACAGGAACGACAUGAUCAAAGGCUUCAUGGAGGACGAGGGCCGCCAGCGCACCACCAAGUACAUCAGCAAGCAGUUUGUGGAGCAGAGCGAGCUGAAGAAGCAGUACACCAAGGAGAAGGAGCGCAGCGAGCAGCUCUACGGCGGCACCGCAGGACACGCCCACGCCCACGCGCCCGCCGCGGCCAAAUCCGCCGCUCCCAGGCCCGCCGCCGCCGCGGCCAGACAGGCCACGCCCAAAUCCGCCGCUCCCAAAGCCGCCGCGGCCAAACGCAAGAAGGUGGCAGCAGAGAAGGAGGUGGCGACGCAGGAGGAGAAGGAGGAUGAGGAGGAGGAGGAGGAGGAGGAGCUCGACGCGCUAGACGCAGAGCGGGAACGAGAAGAACCGCGCAAGGUUCCGGAACCAGAACCGGAGUCUCGUGAGAGCCAAGAGGAGGAGACGGGGACAGGGGCGGGGGCGGUGGAGGAGGAGGAGGAUGAGCCGGCGGGCGGGAAGAAGGGACGGAAGAAGGCGAAGGGCAAGGGGCCGGCGAAGGCCAAGGGCAAGGGCCAAGGGAAAGGGAAAAAGGCGCGGCAGGAGGACCAGGCUGUGGGGGGCACAGAGGGGACGCCAUGCCGCCAGACCAAACUCAGCUUCGCUCGCGCCAGCUGCUCUACCCCACAGAGCGAUAAGACUCUGUCCCCCUCUAUCAAUCUGGUUGGUGACGAAACCCUGGCGUACUUGGAGCAAGAAGUAGGGGCCGAGGAGCUUGACCAAUCAGACCUCACUAUGGACACCUCUGCUGCCCCUGUUCCCACCCCCGGCCAUAGCUUCAGCCAAUCACCAUCUCCGGGCGAGAGCGUCACACUUGUGGAGGAGGUGCUUGAGCCUAAACUGAAACUGCCAGACAAGGGCAGUCGUGCGAAAGAGAAAAAGAAUGUGACGUACCGACUCCUCAAACGCAAGAACAUCAUCAUCGAGACUGUCCGCAGCCUCAAGAUCAUCGAGAAUAUCUUCACGCUGCAGAAGAUGCUGAUUGAGUCGGAGAGGGCGGACGGCGUGAGCACCAAGGUGUGCAAGAAGAGCAUCGUGAGGCUCGUCAGGAGUCUGUCCCGAGAGGGGCAACUCCGCCUCUACAGGACCACCGUUAUACAGGACGGCAUCAGCAAACGGGUGGAGUUUGUGGUCCAUCCCUCCAUUACCCCAGAUGACCCACUGAUCAAGAGUGCCAUAGAACAGGUCCGCUUCCGCAUCUCUGGGUCCUACUCUGCCCUCAGGCUGCGUGCCCUCGACGAGAAGCAGGAGAAGAAGGAGGAGAAGCCCAAGCCGCCGUCCAAGCCGCCCCACAAGCUGGACCAGAAGAUGGGCAUCAUGCCGCUCAAGGACUUCCGGCCCGCCGUAGUCCCCGGCUACGGCCGAGCUCUCGGGUUCCAGCCCAAGAUGCCGCGCUUGAGGAUGGUGCACACCUUCAUCUGGUACGUGGUGUACGGACACCCGCUCAGCCCGCUCCGCAGUGCCGAGGCCUGCGAGCCCGACCCGGAAGUGAACAAAAGCGUACAGGAAGCGAUGGCUGGGCCGUCAGGGCUGGGACAGGGAGUGGAGGCAGACGCGCAGGAGCCGGUUACGGGCGCUCAAGAAGCUGCGCCGUCGAGCACGGCACAGGAUGUGACAUCAAACGAACAGGAAGCAGCAAGUGAGGACAUGCGUGUCUAUGUGGAUGAGAUCAACUGGAAGCGCUACGUCCCUCCUCUGCCGGUGCAUAAGGAGUUUGGUCCUGGCUGGGCCCUGACCAGUGACAUCCUCAUCAGCCUACCGCUCUCCCUCCUCAUCCAGAUCAUCCACAUCAGCUUCAAGGUUGACGGUCUGGAGGAGUAUGUGAACGACCCGGUGAAGAAGCACUACCUGGUCAGAUUCCUGCCCUCGGCCAUGAAGAGACAGCUGCUCUACAAACGGAAAUAUGUGUUCAGCUUCUAUGAGAGUCUGGAGCGGCUCUGCAGCAUGGGCCUGAUGCAGUUCGGCCCCAUGGAGAAGUUCCAGGAGAAAGAUCAGAUGUUUGUGUGCCUGAAGCGUUACGCCACCAUCACCGACACCACCACGUGUGAGCCGCACUAUAACCUGGCCAAGAGUGCCCGCCCCUUCGAGCGCCGCCGCUACCACUUCCUGGCCGCACAGGACGUGGACAGCUACUGGUUCGACCUGCUGUGUGUGUGCCUCAACACGCCACUGGGUCUGAUUCGUCUCCAUGCUGCGGAGGGGGAGGACACAGUGGAGAGAGAGAAGCCAGACCCGCACAAAUACCCACGGAUACGCCACUCACUUCCUCGGAGCCGCGAGGUCAUCGAUGACGGUGUAACCCCUGGCGACGGUCUCGGGGCGGGCGGGCUGGACUCUGAGUUUUACGCCCACUUGAAGAGGAACUGGAUCUGGAACUGCCAUCUGAUCGACAAGACGGCAAAGGAUAAUCCAAUUACCCUUCAGACCAGCCCCAGUGUGAGGUUACGCAACCUUCUGAACAAACACCUGCUCUCCAAGAACGUCAUUGCAGUGAGCGACCGCAGCAGCCCCAACCACGCCAAGCUGCUGCUGCCGCAGGUGGUGGAGGAGGAGGUGCAGGUGGCGCUGGAGCCCAGCUCACGCAGCCUGCAGAACCGCGGCGGCCGUCAGCAGAAGCGCAAGCGCCUCCGCAAAACGCCCGCCGCCGCCGCCACCUCCUCCGCCAAGAAGAAGGAGAAGAAGGAGAAGAAGCCCAAAAAACCGAUGGUGCGCCAGUUCCUGGACAAGACGGACCGUGACGCGCUGCAGAGGAUGACCCGUAAACGCGUGGCCUGGUGCCAGCAGGAGGACAGCCUGCUCAUGCUCUGCAGAGUCGCCUGCCACUUCCUCAACCGCAAGAUCAAGAAGGCGUUUGUGCCGUGGCAGGUGGUGAGGGAUCUGCUGCACGCCGAGUUUGAGGCGUCUCUGGACAAGACCUCUCACGCGGUGGGCCGCCGCGCUCGCUACAUCAUGAAGAACCCGCAGACCUACCUCAACUUCAAGAUCUGUCUGGCUGAGGUGUAUCAGGACAAAUCUCUUGUGGCCGAGUUCAACAACAGAACUGGGGACUAUAACAACCCACAGGUGUGCACUGAAGAAUUUAAGGAGUUUGUGGCAGUGUUAAGGAGGAAGUUCAGCAAAGCACCUGGGUGCAGGAUUGAAAUCCCAGACACAAAACAGGAGCUCUUCCAAAGGUUUAAGGUGUACGCCAUUGGAGAUGAAAGCCCAGGGGAGUCCAAGGAUGUUCUCAAAAGUGAAGAGGACAUCCAUGCUCUAGUCCUGAAUAACUUCAUUCAGAGCACACUGGCGGUGUCUAACCAUCAAUUGAAGACCAAGCUGUCUUUCCAGACGUUCCACCUGUACAGCAGGUACAAGCACGAGAUCCUGUACGAGGCGUUCCUCAAGUGCCAGCGGAACGGGCUGGUGAACCGGCGCAGGAACGAGCAGCGCUACGGCGUGAAGAAGGACCGCUCCCUCCCCAUGAUGCCCAUGUCCUAUCAGCUCUCGCAGAGCUACUACAAAGUGUUCACUUGGCGCUUCCCUGCCGCCAUGUUCACUGAGGCCUAUGACCACCUGGAGAAACUAAUCCAGGCCGGAGGGGUGGACCAGCCCAACGCCAUCUACGUGCAGCCCAAAGAGAGCGAGCAAGAGAAGGAGCGGGCCGGAGAGGAGGAGGCGGCGGCGGCGGUGGCGGAGGUGAAGAAAAGAGCGGAGGAGGAGAAGGACAAACAGAUGGAGACGGAGGAGGAGGACGAGAUGAGGAAAGAAGGCGCUGACCCUCCAGCUGACACUCAGGAGAAGGCGCCGUCGGAGACCCCAGGAGGGGCGAGCUUGACCCCGGGGCCAGAGUCGGGGUCGGGGUCGGGGUCGGGGGCACCCAGGCAGCCGCCGUCGGAGAACCCCAGCCAGCCGGACAUGCUGCUGUCGGCGGAGAACCUGGAGGGCAUGGCGCUGUUCCCGCUGGACGCACCAGGGGGCGCCUGCAUGGCCUGCCUGAGCCUCAUCACGCUGGGCCUGCUCGCCGUGGACGUGUCCAUCCCGGAGCAGAUCGUGGUGGUGGACAGCAACAUGCUGGACAGCGAGGUGGUCAAGAGGCUGGCCAAAGAGGUGGAGGAGGAGGAUGAGCUGGAUGAAGAGGAGGAAGCUGGUCAGACAUUACCACUGAGGAAGCGUGUGGAGGUGAAGGCGUCGCAGGCGUCCCACACUAACUACCUGCUGAUGAGGGGCUACUGCAUGCCGGGGGUGCUCAGCAGCCGGCUCAAGGUCACCUCCGUGGACAGCGUGGUGGUCAACGCCUGCACCGUGCACGUGCGGCUCCGCAACACGCCCGCACACACACUCUUCAAGGAGAAGGACUCGCCCAUCCUGUCGGACUGCCUGAGGCCGGGCCUGCGCGAGGUCCCGGAGCGCUUCACGCGCGUGUACCGUGCGGAGGGCUCGGCGGCGCUGGCCCUGUCCCGGCGGCUGGAGGCGGAGCUGGGCUACGGCGCGGCGGACGUGAGCGCCGCCCUGGAGGUGUGGUGGCACGUGGACGAGGCCCAGAGCUACGGCGUGGACCGCCGCCACCUGCUCGCCAGCUACAGCCACCUGGUGCGGCCCGACCAGGAGCGCAAGGCGGGACUGCAGCAGUACAUAGAGGACCUGGUGCUGCUGCAGGAGCUGGUGGAGGCGGGGGGGCGUGCGGUGCGGCUGGUGUCUCGGCGGGUGGCGCGCCCCUGGCUCCUGCACUCGGUGCGCGUGCGGCCGCAGCCCGGCCAGGCGUCCGCCCACGCGCUCCACGCCCUGCGCGCCCUCAGGCUGCCCGAGUGGCGCCAGGAGCAGCGCCAGAAGGAGCGCGAGAAGGAGCGACAGCGCCUCCGCCAGGAGGAGGUGCAGCAGCGGCAGCAAGGACGCCAAGGACGCCAAGGACGCCUCCGAGGAGGAGUAGAGGAGCAGCUGGUGAAGGAGAAGAUGGAGGAGAUGGAGGAGAUGGUUGGGGAGGAGGGUAGCGGGGGAGAGAGGAGGAGGAAGAGGAAAGAGGAAGAGGACAAGGAGAGAAUGGGUCCGCCGCCGAGGAAGAGGAUGGCGAAGGAGAAGGGGGUGAAGGUCAGCUGGCUGGAGGCUCUAGGGAAGGGCGUGGGGAGCGGCGGUGUUUCUAUAGAAACGGAGAUGCUGGAGGACGCCGGGAUCGGGGAAGGAGGAGGCGGCCAGCAGAAGGAGGCCAGCUGGAUGGAGCGAGUGGACAAGGGAGGGGUCUCGGACGGAGACCUGUCAGCGUGGGCGGGGCUAGAGAAGGAGGGGCUGGCGGGGACUAUGGAUGGUGGCGCAUCAUCAACGUGCGUCGACGAUAAGCUACGGACAGAGCUUGAAGAUGCUGCUGGUUGUCUCUCCCCUUCAGAGAAGCAGUCGAUCGACCACAUCAGUUUCCUGAGUCGGCCGUGGCGUGCGGUGGACGGCUCGGUGAACCGCUCGGUGUGUAAGGGCAUCCUGGAGGGGCUGCUGCACCACGUCAUGAGCCGGCCCGGCAUCACCGAGCCCCAGCUCAUCCAGCACUACACACGCGUACUGCAGCCUGUCACCAUCAUAGACCUCAUGCAGACGCUGGUGGAGCAGGGCUGUGUGCGGCGGCGCUACCUGCUCCCGGCGGCGCGCGCCUCCCUGUUCUCCGCCCCGCGGUACGCGGAGGUGCGCGGCGAGGAGGUGGCGGCCUGCCUGGGCUACACGCCCUUCUACGAGCCCACGCCGGAGGCCGGCCUGCUGAUGUCCAAGGCCUUCCCCCACGAGAAGAACUGGAACCACUGGUCCGCCCUGCAGAACCAGUACCUCAAGCAGCAGCAGCAGAGGACCACGGAGAGGGGGGGGGGCAACGGGGGGGCCGAGGGGGUAGCCGAGGUUGCAGCCGAGGUUGUGACUGAGGGUGUAGCCGAGGGUGAGGCCUAG